AUGCUCAAAGCCAAUAAUACCUACAGAUGUGCCCCUGGCCUAGCGUGGUCCACCCAUGGCUCCUCAGCAGUGUCCCUCAUUUGGCCUCAGUUGCCCACAGGCUGCAGUCCCCUCACAGGCAUCCUUCCUCCAGCAUCAAGUACCUCCUCCCAAGUGCGCAUCUCCAGCUUUGUUCCUGAAAUCUUCUGUGUGUCUCCUCCAAUUCAUUUCCUCCAUUUUCUCCUGCCCUUUGUGGCUGCCACUCUUUCUUAAAUAGGUUUCAGCAGUGGUGCCACAUACACACACUAUGAAUGGCUGUAAUCUUGUGUGAAGAGCUGUUUUCACUCAUUUCUGAGCUGUAUGGAUACAGCUGCUAGGACAGAGGGCAGUUCUUGGCCAGCCAGCAGUCCCACUACCUAAACCCUGGCUGUUCUGACCACUACAGUCUCAAAGUUUCCACUGCCAGCUCCCUACAGCACACAGCUUCCAGCUUUCCUUCUGCCAGGCCUGGCACAAAGGAAUCCUGUGUUGCUCCUUCGGCUCAUGAUGCAAAUAUGCUCUCCCCACCAAUUUCUUCAUCACUAUGAGUCAAGCUGCUCUGGGUAGGAAGAGAACCUUAACAGCCAUUUAAGAGUGCAAGCCCUCUUCUCUUCUGUGCCACCUGGUGUAUCCAUCUCACUGAGAAGUUCAGGUCAUGUCUCUUCCUCCCCGGUACCGCAAGGAGCUCUUGGGAUAGGUGAGAAGAAAGCAGCCAGCUGUGGAGCAUGGGUGGUGGAAGCAGAAGCCCCACUCCACCUGGCUACUUAGUACUCAUGGACAUGUCAGGACGACCAGCCUGAUCACGUUGGGGUGGUUCUAAGUCCCAGAAAGUGUGGGCACAGAGUGGAUGAAGGAGACAGGGGCCAGUUAAGAGCGAUGUGACCUCACCACAGUCCCAUUAUGUAGGGCCUCAUAUUUGACAAAAAGAGCUGCCUAACCCUAAUCCUCCUUUUCAGAUGGGACUGGGCCAUGGUGAGCAGAGGCUGUGGUCAGUCUGUACAGGUUUCUCUCCACAGCGCUCUCCUCACGCUUUUCCCGCCCUCGUGUGAGCCCUGUCAGCACGCUGCAGCCCUUCAGAUUCUCUCCCUCGUCCUACUGUGAACAGAUCGCUGUGGGGCUGACAUCAUACUCUCACAACCAGAGGAAUUGUACAGCAAGAAACCUGUGCUGUGCCAGCCUUCUUCUCUGGAUAUUUUCACUGAGGAGGUGCAAGAGUAUUUGAAAGAUGUUGUUUGGAAAAAGACACUGGCCUGUUCCUUUUUUUGUCAAGAUUUUAAAUAUGCUUCUGAUAUUGGAUGUUUGGCUCCAGAUAAGUGCUAUAACUGCUUCCAAAGAGGUCGAAUAUUUAUGACACAAAAGGACACUGUGAAUUCUGUGUGCUAACACUGGUAUGUGCUGAUGGCUAUACUUCUCCUGACCCCAGCACACUGUAAUUAAACAGGCAAAGCUGACAUUCAUACAUACUGAUGAAGUGUUGGAUGCAUGAUUGGACAUAAGAGGAGAUGUAGGAAGCAAGUCUGUACCAAGAUUCCAACCUGAGUGCAUUUGGAAAGCAGUAUCAACUUCCCGUGAACAUUCUUUCUUAUCUGUGGAUCUCUAGCAAAAGAUAACAAAACAAACAGGGAAGCAGGUUCCCCCAGGUGGCAAACGAGAAUUCCCCAUUAAUAGCUUUACUUGUCUCGUCCUAAAAAGAUGCCUGAGUCUCAGGGCUAAAACUUGUUCCAGAGCAUCCUGUUGUGAAGUGGGUCAUUCUUCACAUCACUGAAGAGGAGAAAGGGAAAGCCUCUCUGAAACUGUCUAAGGGCUGGUGUUCUGCUUACCAAAAAAAAUCCCCUCCUGCUACUACAGUGUCACUUCCUUCCCAUUGCUAACCUUGCUUUGGCUGCAGAGAGGAACUGAAGGCCUAGACACUUCUCUUGCUUCCCUCAGUGAUGUACUGACCCUCUGGCAGUGGUGAGAUAGAGAUCUUCUCUGGGACAGAGCGUGGGCAACAAUUCUAAUGUGCAGGGUAACCCGGCAGAGAUCAUGCACUACUUUUCAGAGGCGGUGGGAGUGACUGGGUAACACCUGAGAAAGGCUUUCAAGAACACCAAAAAGAAGCUGAUGCUGGUUGGCAUUAAUGUUAAAGGCACUGGAGUUGCAUAUGUUGUAUUAAAUUUUAAGUAAGAGUCUUCACAAACUGAGUAAAAAGAAGUAGUUAUCAUCUAUCCUGAACAGCUGCCACCACCAUUUCUUUGUGAGAGAGAGGAGUUGGUUGGUGUUUGUAAAAACAUUCACAGGACCCAUAGUCCUCAUGGCUGUGAUAGCAGCGUGAGGCACUUUUUUCUAUUACAUCUAAAAGUUACGCAUUCUAUUUCUACGCAAAAUCUCUUGCAAAGCUAAGGGCUGAGAAUAAAGGGCAGGAGGUCUUCUUCUAGCACAUUGGCUGUUAAGCUGAAAACCACUGUCCACUCUCUAACCGGCCGGCCGGCUCACUCUGGGAGCCCUACAGGAAGAACUGCUGCUAGGACAACAGUGUCAUCUGCUGGGGACAUGAGUGACCUUGUGGAAGAAAACAAGAAAAACAGUGCUGCCCAGGAAACACCUGCAGAAGAAUCUGUCUGUUCUGCUGAAGACUCAAUGACACCACAACAACUGCAAAAAGUUCACAAGGAACUAAAACACUUAGUUUUUCAAAAUCCAGGACCUCAGGUAGCUAACUUCAAUCCUGAAACUAGAGAGCAGAGAAAAAAAGCACGCAUGUCACAGAUGAACCAAGACUAUUUUAAGAAGCCCAAAAUUCUGAAGAAGUAUGACAGUCAUGGCCAGCUGCUUGGGAGUAAUAUUGAUUUGUGUGACUGCCUGGACAAGAACUGCCUGGGUUGUUUCUAUCCUUGCCCCAAAUGCAACUCAAAUAAGUGCGGGCCAGAAUGUCGCUGCAAUAGGAAGUGGGUUUAUGAUACAGUGGAGACUGAAGAUGGGAAUGUGAUCAGUGCUUUCCCAUUUUCUACUGAUCUCUGAUUUUGUUCUGAUAGCUUUGUACCGAGCAGAGUUCUUCUUUCUUCAUGUUUUAUUGUAGUGAAUCUUUGUUUUAUCAAUUGUGAAACGUCUGUUGAUGUUUCUUGUUCUUUACUGAUGCCUACUCAGCACACUUUAACCUUUCAUAUUAAGUAAAACUAUACUGUGGCACUCAGCUCUGACCCAGGCACAUUUUGCAGUGGUGAUGUCAGUGCACAGGAGGUUUCCUGAACCAGGGUAGACCCACGUGAGUGCAAAGACUCAACAGGUGCCAGAAGGUCUCAGAGAGCAGCUGAGGAGCCAGAGGCAGUUCAUAACACACAUGUACAGAGGCUGCCCCAGGGAGCACUGCCACAAGGAUGAGCAGUCAGGGCCUGGCGUGGCAGUAGGCAGGAGGGUGCACAGGGAGAAUGAUGUAAUGGCCACCUCCAGCAGCACUUGUCACCCACUCAAAAGGCAUUCUAGUCAUAGCAUCUGCCUGCAGAAAGCCACGGCCUCUGUGUCACUUGAGUCCUCUCUGGCCACAGGAACCAACACAGCUUCUCAGAUGGAGCUCCCCAGGGAAUAUGGGAUCAUGAAGUCCUCACGCUGCAGGGUAUGCCAGAGCUUUGUGUCUGUGUCAGAUGGCAGCAGUGAGUGCACCCAUGGAAGCUGUGCACAGGUAGAACUGCUCAGCCUGGGGACAGAGCUUUGUAAGGAGGUGGGUAGUAUGAGGAGCAUUAGAGAUGGACUGGUGGAAUCAUGCUCUACCAUCCCUGAGAUAGGUGAGUCAGCUACCUGCAGUGCAGGAAACAAAGGAUCCCUCACUUUUGCCACUUGGCAAAAGGAGGGGACUGAAGAGACAGAAGGAAAUGGAAGCAGAUUUCUGCUAAGGGCAAAGAACAAAUCCCCUCCCUGCCUACCUCAUCUGCCCAAGUGCCUGUAGAAGGGUUGAUGUCAUAGGUGACUUCCCUCUGUGGGGAACUGAGGGCCUGACCUGCCAGCCAAACCUCACUCAUAAGGAAGUCCGCUGCCUCCCUGUGGCCCAGCCUAGCUAAGAUAUCAUCUGUUAGUCUCUUGCCUAAAAAUUGAUUAAAUUUAUCCUCCUGUUUAUUUCUCUUGCCUAGUUUUUUGCCUAAAAUUUUUGUGAAAGUAAAGACGUUUUUCUCUCUACUGACUUCCCACGUGGCUGGGGGGCAUGAUAUUAUUGAGAUACUUUUGAUUCCGAAGACUCCACUGAGCAUGUUCUGCUAGGUAUAAACUUGAACACUCAAAUAGAGAUAGCUAUGUGCAAAAUCUUGGUUGGCUUCAUUUCACUCUACCAGACUUUAAGCAGAUCAGUUAGAAACUGAAGACAAGCACUACUCAACAAUUUGCGUAUAGUUUUAGAUAUAAGUAGUUUUCAUGGCUCUGUGGAAAAAAAAAACAAUGCAAAAACAACUCCCCUAAGAACAACAGCUCUCCUUACAUACUGCAUGGGAUAUUUACAGUUGUUUCCAAAACACUGUUCAGGGUAAAGAAAAUGCUAAUGAAAUUAUUGUUAUAUAGCUCAAACUGGCCACAAAAAAGCCAAGCCAUUAAAUGCUAAGACUCUUAGGAUGUGACAGUGUGCUGAAAUGAAAGAAUGCCUAGGGCUUUAUCAAAUGAGUCAGGAGAUGGGAGUUUCAAAUAAGAAGGCAGACUAAAACUGUAUCUGAAAUCAAGUGACAAAAUCACCACAACAUACUGGGACAGCUGUAUGUUCAGGCUGCGCAGCUCAUCACCUAGACUACUAGUCCUAGGUGUACCUCUGAUUCUGCACCAAGAAAAUGGAAAAACAAUGUUGACUUUUCUUUCACCCACUGUUUGCAAAUCCCUCCUGUAACACAGAACAAUAAAAACCAACAUUUGUUCGUACAAAUCCUUUCAUUUAAGGACUCCAUAAGUAUUAACCUACAAUUAUAUAUGCAUACUAACAUCUCCAAAAUGGACUCUAGGAAUACAACAGAUUUUAAUCCCUUUAAGACAACAGGCAGGAAAUGGAGAUUGUUUUUCCCUAAAGUAAGGUCCCAAAUAUUGCAAUGAAGCUCUACAAGAUUCUUGUCCACCUGAAGACCUGACAUUACAUAACUGCAGUAAAGUGAGUGGUGAUGACCUAUAAUGCUUUAAAGUGACAGACAGUCUGCCCUCAGAGAAGUCAGAUCUGUGGAUGCAGGAAGCCUAGAUAUUUCAGUCACAAAUUCAGACCACCAGUCUCUUCCUCUUGCCUUAAAGUGAACUUCUGCAUGUUGGCAAGGUGCCAUUCAAUCCUAUUGAAUCAGUUAGAGAAAAAUGAGUCUGUACAGGAACUGAACUUAUUCUAGUACAUGCCAGCAUUUGUUGAGAUAGGAACUCCACAAUUUGCCAGCCUCUGAACUAUGCAAACACAGAAAGCAAUUAAAAACAAAAAACAAAAACAAAUCAGCUUUGAACUCUUCUCCAGAUAUUUUUAUCCUUUUAAUAACUCCCAUAAGAGCACAAGAGAACUCUAUGUGCAUCACAAGGAGAGCAGCAUACAGAUUUGAUUGACUUCAGUGGGAAAAGUGGAAGAGCUUGCUGAAGAAAUACACUAAUAUUUCUUCAAUAAAUAUUUAUAUCUGAGAUAAAUAUUUAUACCAAAAUCAUUACAGUUCCUACAGCUCUAGGUUUCUUAGUUACUAACAGUAAUGUUCAUUGUGUCAUCUCCUUCGAUACAUUAUUCAUAAUCUUAAAACACUUUAAAAUAAAAUACACAUGCUUCAGUGGAUUAUUUUGUUUGGUCUCACUUGACUUGGGAAACGCAUAUUACACGUAAGCCUGAGCUAACAGCAACCCUCACAAAUAUUUGCUAGAAUAAAAUAGUUGGAUUUAAUUAACCUUAACUUACAACCUCAGCACAAAUCGUGCUGCUCUGCUCACAAAGAAGAGAAACCGCUUCUGACAGGUUCUUGGUGACACCAGGCACAGUAUUUGCAGGUAGGCCAACAGUUAUACACAGAACUACAAGUGGAGCUCACCCAGCUGGUGAAGGGGCUCUCUGGCUGUAUAACUCUCCUUCUCAGGAAGCAGCCUAGGCACAAGAGGUGCCCUCCCUUCAGCGGCUGGCCCUUACCUGAGCCCAGGGGCUCCACUCUUGCUCCACCCCUUCUGCUCCCUGGGGAUCUCAGGUGCAAACAAUU